CGCGCAGGGUGGGCGGGGCCUCCGCGCUUCCCGCCCAGCGGCGCCGCCAUGGCGGAGGGAUCGCAGCGGGCGGGAAACGCGGGGCCCGGGAGCAACGUUUCCCCGCCAUCGUGCGGCGGGGCCGAGCGGGACGGGAGUGCUGGAGGGGAGCUGGGGGAGGCUCGCUGGCAAGCUCCGGAGCGCUUUUCUCCUCAGCGUUCCCCCGGCGGAGCCCGCGCUGCGGUGUCAGAAUGCGCCCCGGCUGAGCAACAAGCGGGUCCCAAGCAAUUCCCGAAGGCGCCCGACGCAUCCGCUACGAGCGAGAACAUCAGUCCCCGCGAGCCGAGCAGAGCGGCCCCGAGGAAAAGACCCCGCGGCAACGCCAGCAAAAGCCCCAGUCCCGGGCGCUUGUCGCCCUGGAGAAGCAGCAAAGAACACACCAUGAAUUCCUUUAAUUUGUCCCCGAAACCCGUUGUCAGUGCGGCGCCGCGAGCCAAACGCCGCUCCUGGCGCCGCUCCAGCCUCAAGGGGACUAAACGCCGCAAGUCUCUCCCUCCCGUUCACCGGGACGUCUCCGAAUUAAGCAAAUCAAUCAGCCUGGAUCUGCCGGAGCCAGACCGGCUUUCCCUGCUCCUGUUGUCCAGUUUCCAGUUUUCAGCACAGAAAUUCAAAGACACCUUGAAGGAAACCGACGGCUUCAGCCCCGAGCUUUUCAAAGCCAACGCGCAGUCGGUUUCCGAAGAGCUGAAGCGCUACGUGCAGAAGCUGCACCGAGACGGGACCUUAACGAGCUGCGUAGACGACCCUAAAAGGGCUUUGCUGGACCCGGCUUUGGAUGAGUCCGUGGCGCAAAUUAAGGAGCAGAUCGCCAGGUUCGCGGCCGAGAGUCAAUCGUGGGACGAGCUCUUGUUGCGCUACCGGGAGAACGCGGAGGAAAGUUCCAGGCGGCUGGAGGAGCACAGGCAGAACGGGGGGGCGGCCGAGCGCCCCAGUCCCCUCCAGCCGUCUCAAGCGCACGUCCUGGGCACCAAACCCAACUACCAGCAGAUCCUGGACGAGCAGGGGGAGGUCCUGAGCUUCAUGGAGCUGGUGCUGGAUGAGCUGCAGCAAGCGGUGCAGCUGCUGCGGGGGUUCAGCGAGGACAGCCAGCGCUACCUCCGGAGCCUCUCGGAGCAGCUCGCCGCCAGGACCUUCCGGAAGCUGGAGAGCUCCCCCGUGCGCAAGCUCAUCACCACCCCGCCCAGGAAGCCGCCGCUGCCGGAGGGUUGAGGGGUGGGAGCCGGUGCUGCUCUCAAUAAAGGCGGCGGGAACCCGGUACCGGCUCCGGUUCCCGAGUUCUUGCAUUU